CUACUUACAGCAUUGGACAGCCCGCUUGUCAUUCCCACCGUGGCUCCCAUUCAUGCAGUUUGGUUGCGUCUUGGUGUAUUUGAGUGUUUGCAAUAAAAAGGGCUUUUAAUUUUUGGAGGUGCAGGUCCAGCUGCAAUUAGUUCACUGGAAAGUCUACCGCCUUGCAAGCAGCCAACCGCGGCUAGCUUUAGCUCUCUAUUGCUCCCUUGCAAUUGCAAGCCACUAAUUCAGAGGUGCAACUAUGCCUAAAAGAAAGGCAGCCGUUGAAGGGCAGGUAAAGGAGGAGCCAAAGAGACGGUCACCUAGAUUAUCUGCUAAGCCUGUUCCUCCUAAAUCUGAGCCCAAAACCAAAAAGGCAGCAGCCCCAAAGAAAAUGAACGUAGCAAAUGAUAAAAAGGAAGUCAAAGGCAAGAAGGUGGCAGCCAAAGUCAAGGUUGAAACCAAGCAGGAGGAAGUGAAAGAAGAAAAUCACUCUGAAAAUGGAGAGACCCAAACUAACGAGGUGCCAGCUGUGGAAGAACCUGAGGAGAAAGCAACCAAGUCUGAGUAAUAUGUAACACUGCCCUAUAUCUCCAUCAGUUUGGUAUCUGUACCUCCAUACUGUAUUGUUAACACAGAGGAAUAUUUUUAUCAACUAUUUUCUAAAUGCAGGUUUUUUUUUUUAGCAUGAAGUUAAUUCUGGAACGUCUCCAUCUUGGUCGCUUGGCUAUGAUGUCGCCAACAAGAUAUCACUGUCUCUGCAUUUUGUGAUUGUAAUAGUUUGAUCUAUGGGAAGAAUAAGUGGUGGUAGCUUCUGACUUUUGUCACUGUGUCCCUUCUUUGUGUAAGCUAUCCUUUCUGUCCUUUGGGUUUUUCUUUGGCCCUGGCACAUGUUUGAUUCAGUGAAGUGGGGAGGUCCCAAAUAGAAAGUUCUUGCAUCGGCUAGUCCAGGGUGUCUGUGAGUUGAUUUUAUAAAGAAGGUGAGCUAUUUUCAUGAAAUUCUAAGAGUUGGAAAUAUCUUUCCCAAAUAUAACUUUAAUAUUAGUUUUUGAAAGAAAGUAAAAUGUAAUCAUGUUUUUAAACAAAAUACAAAUGUUUAUUUCAAAAGGGCAGGUUGAUUGUAUGUGUAGCCACUAUUAGAAAUUUUGCUGGAUUUAUCUUGAUAAAAUAAAAAGAC